UAAUUAAUUAGUUAUUUAUUUUUUAACAACAACAAACACAGAAGCCGUCACCAAACGCCGUCGCUUAACUCUUGAUUUACAGUUGGCGCGUUCAGCUGCUUACCGUGAACAGAUUUUCUUGGCCGGCGGGGCUCGUAAUGGCGGGAAUAGUGGUGGUUUUUGACUUUGACCGAACCCUAAUCGACGGUGACAGUGAUAGCUGGGUCGUUGCGGAGAUGGGUCUCACUCAGCUCUUCAAUGAGCUUCGCUCUACUUUGCCAUGGAACAAACUCAUGGAUAGAAUGAUGGAGGAGCUGCAUUUGCAAGGAAAAAGUUCUGUGGAUAUUAAAGAGUGCCUCAAAAGAAUUCCAAUGCAUCUAGGGGUAAUUGCAGCUAUUAAGUCAGCUCAAGCUUCAGGAUGUGAUUUGAGGAUUAUUAGCGAUGCAAAUCAGUUUUUUAUUGAGACAAUCUUAGAAUGUCAUGGUUUGUUAGGAUCCUUCUCACAGAUUGUCACAAAUCCAAGCAUUGUUGAUGGAGAUGGAAGACUCAGGAUUUUUCCGUACCAUGAUGUAGGCUCACCUUCUCAUGGUUGCAAUUUAUGCCCUUCAAAUUUGUGCAAGGGUGUGGUGAUUGAUCAAAUCCGAGCGUCUGUUUCUGCCAAUGGGAGGAAAAUAUAUAUCUACCUAGGAGAUGGGAGAAAUGAUUUUUGCCCAACUUUAAGGCUUGUAGAAGGAGACCAUGUAAUGCCAAGGAAGGACUAUGCUCUAUCGAAGCGCAUUUACAGCAACCGAAUGCUUAUCAAGGCUGACAUCCAUGAAUGGAGUGAUGGAGAGGAGCUUGGGAAGAUAUUGCUUCACCUCAUCCACAGAAUUUCUACUGAAGAAAUUAAUUGUAGUGACCUCAGUCAGCUGAACUCAUCUGACCACAUAUGACAGACAAUGCCUGAUGAAAUACUCCCUCAAACUCUCCCUGUUCGUCACUAGCAAUCGAAGGCGGAAAUUACUUUCUGAUAGAAUUUUUUUCCUGUGACUUAAAUUUAAGCAACACAGAUUUGAAUGUAUUUUUUACCAUUACUAUUAGACUGUUGCUUCUGAUCAAAUUAGAGUGGCUUGUGAGUGUUGAGAAACCCACAAUUUUUCGGUCUCUAACUGAGUUUAGGAACUCUUUUCUUUUGUAGUGUUGGACGGUACGCAUUUUUUGGAUAAGCU